UUACACGACUCGUGCUGUUGAUAUACGAACUAGUCGUGCUAGGUGUAUACCUAGACAAGUUAGUUGUAUGCCGACAUACUAGAAGUAGUCCUAUGCACCUUGGCAAGUGUCUGAAUAAAAUGGAGCAGGAAAUUACAAUUCGUGUCGGCCAGAAGCCUCUCCGUGGAUUCUUUUGGAGUCCUGCUAAGGAGCCUUCAACUCCAGAUCGUGCUCUGGUCUUGAUUUUUCCGAAUUAUGCCGGAUUGAAGCAAUUUGAUCGCGAUGUCGGAAAGUGGGUAGCUUCGCUAGGCUAUCAUGCGCUGGUUUGCGACUAUUAUUCGGAAGAAGAGUUUCCGUACCCCGAACGCGAAGCAGCGAAUUUUCCCUUAGAGUCGCCAGAACGUGAGAAGCACUUUCAGAAAGGUAUGGCUGUGAUGAAUAGCUGUAUGCUGAGCAAGGCGCGCUCCUUCCUGCGCCCGAUGGUCAAUGAAUGGCUGCGCACUGGGAUCAGACAGUUGACCCAUGAAGAUGUUGCGAAGCCUGAUUUUACGGCUGGGCACGCACCUGUGAAAAAGAAAAUCAAAGUCUCGACCCUUGGCUAUUGUCUCGGUGGGGUUGCGGGGCUUGAGCUGUGGCGAUCGUCUGGCGGCGGUCAGAGUCCGAUACCGCUAGACGCUGUUGUUUGCGUCCAUGGAGUGUUGAAAACUGUGUGCUUCGAUCAGAAUCAGAAGCCAGAGGCUAUUGACGCGCAGAAGGAAAAUUGUUACAACGCCAAGUCACAUUUAUUGGUAGAACACGGCGAAUCGGACCAUCUCGUUCCCGAGGAAAUGGUACAGGAGUUUAUACAAGAAGCUGACGCGAAAAAUUGUUCCGGUGUGACUUUGCACCGCCACCCCGAUACGCCACACGGCUUCGCGUUGCCGCUUGGCGUAGGCAAUGCCGCUUACCCAGUAGCAGAUCGGAAUUCCACAUUGAACAUCCUCAAGUUUUGGCGCGAACAACUAUUCCAAGAAAUACCACAACAUCGCGUCACAAAAACUCCUGGGGGAGUGGAUCUCCAGUAAAUAUAAUAAAAAUAUAGAAGACAUGACGACACGAGCAUACAGACUCACGUCAGAUGAAGUUCCAGUCGGCGGUAUAAACUGAUAUCGCGUCCUGAACAAGCCCAAUGAAGAACGUGCUUAGUUACAACGACCGAAGCAAGAAAAUUAUAUUGUACAUUACUACUACUUAUGAGCACCGCGACCACCCCUAACAAGUACGCAAUAAAGGUAAGCAUCACGACGAGCGCGCUGCAUCAAAGACGACUCAUGAC